AUGUACAAUAACGCUAAACUAAUUAUAAUUCUUUGUAUAUUAUCUUUAGUAGAUGUAGAUUGCAAAGAUUAUUAUAGAUUAUUAGGUAUAAGAAAAAAUGCCUCAGAAAAAGAAAUAGAAAAGGCAUUUCGCAAAAAGGCCAAACUUUUACAUCCAGAUGUAGCUCCUGGAAAAGACAAGGAAUUUGCGGAGGUCGCCAAUGCCUACGAAGUCCUAAAGGAUCCGGAAAAGAGGAAAAUAUAUGACAGAUAUGGAGAAGAUGGACUAAAACAGGAGGGUCAUCAAGAGCAUUACAACCCAAGGGAUUCUUAUUUCACAUUUAAUGACUUUGAUUUUGAUGAUAUCUUUCAAAAUAUACAUUUUAACCACGGCGGUUUUGGGGGUAGAAGUCAAGAAUUUAUACAGAAACAUAAUUUUGAGGGUACAAUUGUAGAAGAAAUUGGUUCUAAAGAGUACAACAAUUCCAUAAGGAACGUCAGAGUUUUGAACUUGUAUUAUUUCUUCACUGAUAACUCCAGAAAGUGUAGCUCCGUAUUUAAAGGAUUCGUUGAGACAAUCACAAAGUUUAAAGGGGCUAUCAAUGUCUUUGCAAUCAAUUGUAAUAAACAUCCGUCUCUUUGUAAUAAAGGUGCCCAGUCUGUACCAUAUUUAAUCGCAUAUACCCAUGGAAAUAAAGAUCCUCACGUUUUUAACGGUGAAAAUUUUGCCUUAUCUCUGGAAAUUUGGCUGCAUAAAAUAAUACCUUCAGAACUGGUAGAGAUUGCAACACAUAAACAACUUUCAGAUUUUGUUGAUAAUCAAACUAUCACACAUGUAGUUGUAAUCGUUAAAAAAACAUUGUUUUUAACUAUUUUAAAGUCAUUAUCGGUUUAUGUAAAAUCCAAGAUAAAAAUUGGAUAUAUAAAGGCUAGCAACGCACAGUUAACCAAAAAAAUAAGACUAUUUAAGAACACCGAAACGGCAACACUCUACCAUAUAUCAAACUCUGAAACAAUGGAUGGCCCUUCAAUUGAAAUAAAUUCCAAUAAUUUUGCGGAUGUUUUGUUGUGGUUAAAUCUUAAGCAAAAUGAGUUUAAAAAGAAUCUGCUUGGGGUUUACAAGGAGCUAACAAAAAAGGCCUUUGACUCCGGAGAAUGCGGAACAUCUGAUAAUCAAUUCUGUUUCAUAUUUGUAAAAUACGGUCAUAAAAAUGAGAAUGCUAUCCACAACUUAUUUCCCAGCAUUGCGAAGAGAUUUGGUCAGGAUCCACUGAAGAUUAGAUAUAUUGAUGCACAGUCUCAGACGGACUUUGUUACUGCGUUCAAUUUACCAAGAUUAUGCACUAGUGUGAAAAUGUGUACAAAGUUUCUCGUUUACAGAGCGAAGAGGGGUAGAUUUAGGAUAAUGGAUGAAGAACUUACAGUUGGAAAUAUUGAAAGAUUUAUAGACAAUGUAAUUACAAAUUCUGUUGUGGUUGAUAAGACUCUCAAUCAUAAACCGGCGAUUGUAGACAAAUUUGCACAUAAUGAAUUUUGA